GAGGCUUCACACAAGGUUACUUGGGGCAGGAGUCGGCCAGCAGCUGUCAGAACACCCGGGUCUUCCCCACUGACUUCACCUGUACUUUAACGCAGAGAAACUUUCUCGUAGUUACGUGUUUUGAUUGGUGGUAAUGUCUCCAAUGAGAGCGCAGCAAGUUGCGGCCUGCCAUAUGGCUUCUGCAUCGGAGAACCGCAGGUCGAAUUACUCUACGUUCACCCCUCGAGAUGAUCUUCUUCGCCGCUCACUUCAGCAGACCGCGCGCCUCUGGAAUCUACAGAGGCAGGAACGUUCUUCUCAGCCCUUCCCCUUUAACAUUCUUCCCAUCCAUGUCCCGAGAGAUGGGAACUGCCCGAGUUGUAGGAUUGGAGAUGUGACUCGGGUGUUCCCGUUGUGGACAAAGUAUUUGGCUGUGAUCUUCUUUCCCUUGGGCCUGUUAGCCAUGUACUUCAAGCAGGAGCGGCGUUGCCAAUUCUGUAACUACGUUCCACUGGAGUAACCUGCUGGCAGGUCGCCCCGAGGAAAGAUCCCUGGCACCAGGGAUGAGGACCAUCGGGGAUAAAAUAUAUAAAAUUUAGAUAAAAUUUAAAAGUAAACCGUAGGUGGUUUAACAUGGUGCUAGCUUCUUGCUGUUUUUAUACUUAAUUUUUUUAAAUUUUAAAUUUAGUCUUAAUUAUGAAAGGCACAAAGCCAGUAUUUUUAAAUUUGUACCUGUACUGCAGAAAGUGUAACUACAGAAUUUGUUUUAUAUAGUACCAAUAAAUUUUAUCUAAGACA